AUGGGAGGAAGUACAUUAGCUAAUAGAGCAAGUCGUUUCGAUCAAAAACUAUCUCAAGAAACGCCGGGACCUGGUACAUAUGAAUUACGCAAAACUCAAUCAGCUCAUUCAACUAUUACUGAUAUUCAUCCACGUCCUAAUACAUUUAAAUAUAAUCGUAAAUCUGUUCCACCAUCUAUUCCUGAUCCUAAAUUCGCUUAUGGUUUCGAAGAAGAUGCUGGCGGUACACUUGUACCACAACAACCACCAACAAGAGAUGCUUCUAUAGGUCCAGCUUUUUAUAAUCCACCACCUGCUGUUGAAAUCGAUGCAUCAAAAUUAUAUCAUGGUGUUCAUUUUGGAAAAUAUUCUGGUAAACGUACAGAUUUUUCUGGUAAAACAGGUCCUGGUCCAGGUGAAUAUGAUCCAAAUGAUCCAAUUAAACUUGAAAUUCAUCAUAUUAAUAUGAAAACAUGGGAUAAAAGACCUGAAUUACAAGUUGCAAGAUAUCCUGAUAAUUUACUUAAAAUAGCUAAUAAAGAAAGUAUUCCAGGACCAGGUCAAUAUACAAUAAAACGUGAACUUGAUCCAGAACCACCUAAAGGUGAUGUAAUUGGACUUGAAUUUGAACGACCUGGAUUUGGUUCACAGACUGAACGAUUUAAUUCUAUCAGAUCUGCAGCACCUGGUCCAGCAACAUAUAAUGAUAAAGUAAUGACAGCAUUUAAUGCUAUUCAAUCAAAACCAUCAAGUCUUAAACGAAAUCCAUUUAAUCAAACAUCAGCAAGAUUUGUUGGUCUUGAUUAUAAAGUAAGAAGUGCUCCAGGUCCUGGUCAAUAUCGUAUACCUGGUUUUGCUGAUGAAAAUUUAAGAAAAGCUGUUGUUGAAGGUGGUAAAAAACCACCAUUUAAUGUUGCUUCUGUCAGAAAAUUAAAUAUGACACGUAAAGAUGAAUAUAAUACUCCUGGUCCAAGUAGUUACGACAUUAAACCUAAACCAUUUAGAUCAAAAAUAGAACAUCCAACAUCAAAUUUUGUUUCCGGUACAGCACGGGAAGCUGUUGUUGAAGAUAUUCCAGGUCCAACAGCUUAUGAUGUUUCAAGUGCUUAUCAAGCACUUACAUCUCAACAUCGACAACCACCACGUUCUAAAAAUGCUCGUAGACGGCAUGGUCAAUUUUUAAGUGCAGCUAAACGUACAUUUGCUGGUGAUGCAGCACUUGAUACACCUGGUCCAGGUGCUUACGAUGGAUUUAUUAAUGAACGUCCGCGAGGUGUUGCACCUGUACGUGACACUCGUUUUCGUUUUGAAACUUCAAAAAUACCAGGUCCUGCUGAUUAUGAAUUAUCACCGCUUCUUCAAGAUACUGUUCUUCGUGGUACAUUUAAUUCAACAUUAAAUAAUCCUAUUCUAGCAAAACUACAAAAUCGUGCUUUACGUGAAGAAAAAUUAGCUGCUGCAGCCUUAAAUUCUGCUGCGAUUACACAACCUAUAGACACUACGGGAAGUAUUGGAGAAGUAGCUGUUCACACUUGA